UACAUUGGUUUGCUUCUCUGCGCAUUUGUUUUGUGCAGCCAUGGAUAGCAAAACCAAGCCAAAGCCAGUGCUUUCUGCUGUUUUCUUUGGCCUCCUAUGUCUCAAUGUUUCCCUUGGAGCUGACACCAUCACAGUAAACCAAUCUCUCUCCGGUGCUCAAACCAUUGUCUCACCAGGUGGGAUUUUUGAGCUCGGUUUCUUCACACCAGGUAAUUCUUCGAACUUCUACAUAGGCAUGUGGUACACCAAACAAGUGGUAUCCGAGAGAACCAUAGUCUGGGUGGCAAACAGAGAAAAACCAGUUUCCGAUAGAUUUUAUUCGGUUUUAAAGAUCUUGGAUGGCAAUUUAGUCCUCUUAAACGAGUCCAAAACCCCGGUUUGGUCCACAAGUUUGACCUCCACUACCACCGCUGCUUGUGUACAAGCACUUCUUAUGGAUAGCGGAAACCUUGUCUUAAGAGCUCGUGGGUCUAGUAAUACAUGUGAGCAGCUUUUAUGGCGAAGUUUUGAUCAUCCAGCUCAUACAUGGCUACCAGGAAGUAAAAUCGGAUUCAACAAAAUUACCAAACAAAUUCAAGUUCUCAAUUGAUGGAAGAGUUUGGGGGAUCCUGCACCGGGUGUUUACUUUCUUGAGAAAGACCCAAUGGAAUCAAUUCAUUACCCAUGUGGCUAGAUAGGUCGAUACAGUAUUGGACCAGUGGAUCAUGGGAUGGACAUAUGUUCAGAUCCGCUCCUGAAAUGAUGCCUAAAUCUAUCUACAAGUUGAACUCCGUUACAAAUGAAAGUUAUUUCACCUUUUCUUCUAAGAAUCCUGAAAUGAUAUCCCGGUUUGUAAUGCAUCCCUCAGGGAAGA